UCAGAGGACCGGCACGCGAGGCCUCCGCAGACCAGCCCGCAGGCUCGCUUGGGAGUCGGCUGGGGGACGCGGUGACGGUGGGGGGACCCUGGGCUGGAGCGGCUUGGCACCCUUGUUCCUGCGGUCCUGAGGGUCUGGCCCGCCGGAGAAAGGGAGAGACACAUCAGGAGGGGUCCCUUUGGCGAGACGUGCUCACCUGGGAUAGCAGUAGUCCCUGGCUGUGGUGUCCACCUGGGGGAGGGACCUUUCAGACUGAAAGGAGCAAGUUCGGCCCUGGGACGUGGACGGCAGACUUUUUUUUUCUGUCCAGACGCACCCUCGGGGCAAAGUAGGACGGAAAACUCCUCUGCUGCCCGCGUGGCAACUUCGUGGCGCGAGGAUGGGUUAGGAAGUUACUGUGCUUUGCUUUACAGAUGGGAAAAGUAACAACCCUUUUUACUGCUCAAGGAGAAGAGAUCGGUUAAAAGUCUCACAUAAUAUCUUUAACCAUAAAGGACUCAGUAAAAUUAGGUACCUUCUUUCACACACGAAGAUCUCCGUUCAGCAAAUAUAAUACUUUAUGAGUACCCGCUUUCUGCCAACAUUGCUCUAAGCGCAGGGAACCGAGCCACGACUAAGGCUACUUCUUCAUAGACAUAAAAAUCAAUAUUUAACUGGAAACGAAGCAUCACUUAAAAUCCUCUCAAAUUCCUAAUUCCAAAGAAUUGAUAACAUUUCUCUGAUCAAGAAAAGAAGUGAUUGACUGCGUGUUAAGAGUAUUCCGGCAUUGGUCCUGUUAUUUUUCCUCUCCCUAAAUUUGAGAAGAAAUAUGGAGAAAUGCUACUUGAUGACAGCUGUUGUCUUACUAGGACUAACAGUACGGUGGACAGUUUCUCUUAAUUCUUACUCAGGUGCUGGAAAGCCCCCUAUGUUUGGCGAUUAUGAAGCUCAGAGACACUGGCAAGAGAUUACUAUUAAUUUGCCGAUCAAACAAUGGUAUUUUAACGGCAGUGAUAACAACUUACAGUAUUGGGGAUUGGACUAUCCACCUCUUACAGCUUACCAUAGUCUUUUAUGUGCAUAUGUGGCAAAGUUUAUAAAUCCAGACUGGAUUGCUCUCCAUACAUCACGAGGAUAUGAGAGUCAGGCACAUAAGCUCUUCAUGCGUGCAACAGUGUUAAUUGCUGAUUUGCUGAUUUACAUACCUGCAGUGGUUUUGUACUGUUCUUGUUUAAAAGAAAUCUCAACUAAGAAAAAGAUUGCUAAUGCAUUAUGCAUAUUGCUGUAUCCAGGCCUUAUUCUUAUCGACUAUGGACAUUUUCAAUAUAAUUCUGUGAGUCUCGGCUUUGCCUUGUGGGGUGUUCUUGGAGUAUCUUAUGACUGGGACCUGCUGGGGUCCCUGGCGUUUUGCUUAGCUAUAAAUUAUAAGCAGAUGGAACUUUACCACUCCUUGCCAUUUUUUUGUUUUUUACUUGGCAAGUGUUUUAAGAAAGGCCUCAAAGGAAAGGGGCUUGUGUUGUUGAUUAAACUGGCUUGUACUGUUGUGGCUUCCUUCAUUCUCUGCUGGCUGCCAUUCUUUACAGAAAGGGAACAAACCCUGCAAGUUCUAAGAAGACUCUUUCCAGUUGAUCGUGGAUUAUUUGAGGAUAAAGUAGCCAAUAUUUGGUGCACCUUCAGUGUCUUUCUGAAGAUCAGGGAUAUUUUGCCACAUCACAUCCAGAUAAUGAUCAGCUUUUGUUUUACAUUUUUGAGCCUCCUUCCUGCAUGUAUAAAAUUGACACUUCACCCCUCUCCCAAAGGAUUCAAAUUUACUCUGGUUAGCUGUGCACUGUCAUUCUUUCUAUUUUCUUUCCAAGUACAUGAAAAGUCCAUUCUUUUGGUAUCAUUACCAGUCUGCUUAGUUUUAAGGGAAAUUCCUUUUAUGUCUACUUGGUUUUUACUUGUGUCAACAUUUAGUAUGCUGCCUCUUCUAUUGAAGGAUGAACUCCUAAUGCCCUCAGUUGUGACAGUGAUGGCAUUUUUCAUAGCUUGUGCAACCUCCUUUUCAAUAUUUGAAAAGACUUCUGAAGAAGACCUGCAGUUGAAAUCCUUUUCCAUUUCUGUUAGGAAAUAUUUUCCAUGUUUUACAUUUCUUCCCAGAAUUAUACAACAUUUGUUUCUUAUCUCAGUAAUCACUAUGGUCCUUCUGACACUGAUGGCUGUCACACUGGAUCCUCCUCAGAAACUACCGGACUUGUUUUCUGUAUUGGUGUGUUUUGUAUCCUGCUUAAACUUCCUGUUCUUCUUGGUAUACUUCAACAUUAUAAUCAUGUGGGAUUCCAAAAACGGAAGAAAUCAGAAGAAGAUCAACUAGCUAUAUCCCCAAAGAAAUGUGAAAAUGUUAAUAGUGCUACAAGCUUUUGUGAAAUUUUUGCCGUGUAUAAAAAGAAAUGAUCAUUUUGAGAAUCAUGGAAUUAUAGGAAAGAAAUGGUGAAAAGUCAUUGUUGUCUACACAAAAUAUAUGUAUAUGGGGACCAAAGCAAUGGAGGCUUUUAUUUUCUAACUACUGAGUGGCCAAGAAAUAUUGUAGUUUUAUUAAAUUCACAGUUAUUCAAGUGGGAAAAUAAGAGAAACAUGUCCUUAAUCUCAGUGUUUACUUAGGAAAUGUACUCUGUAAUUUGUUGUCUUGAAAAAAAUCUGCAAAUACAGUGAGCUUAAUGGGAGAAUUUAGCCCCUUAUUUUUGAAGGAAAUCACUAAUUUUGGUAUUCAGAUUUCGUUUUCCUUACAUUUUAGAAUGCUUUAGAAAUUAUAUCUCAGGGAUUAAAUUUGUGAUAAUCUUUUAUAUUACUAUGAGAAGGCAAUUUAAACUAUUUAAAGUUUGAACAUGCCUCAUUACUUGUGCAAAUUUGAAUUUUUUUUAGCAAGGCAGAGAUUAAACUGUGUUCUUAUUUAUUUCCAAGAAGUCUGAUUUACCUGAAUGCAAUUAAUUAAACAAUGAAUUUUCCUAAACUUAAAUCUAAGUGGUUUGAAUGAAGUCUUUUUAAUUACUUAUGAUCAUUAGUUCUAAACUUUCAGGAUCAUUCUGUUUAAGUUAAGUGGCCUUAUACUGGGUUCAUCCUUCUGUUCUUCUUUGUUAUGACAUGGUUCAAGGUUAGCAAUGCCAUAUGCAUUGAUCCAUAUCAUGCUUCAUGUUAACUUAGUAGCCCUGUUAAUACUGUAUCACUCUAUAUUAGAAGAAGCCCAUCUUUACUAUAGUAUUCAGUUGGUAAGAAUAAUUUAUUGUAGCCAUGUUGUAGAGUCUCAUGUAAAGAUAUGUUUUCUUUAGUCUCUAAUAAAAAUAACCAUUUCCCCAUCAA